AUGACCCCGCCCCAUUGUACCAUUUCCAUCACCCCGCCCCAUUCUCUCGCUUCCUAUCACCCAGCCCCAUUCUCCCGCUUUCCAUCACCCCGUCCCAUUCUUCCUCCUUCCAUCACCACGCCCCAUUUUCCCUUUUACCAUCACCCCGCCCGAUUCUCUUGCCUUCCAUCACCCCGCCCCAUUUGCCCGCUUUCCAUCACCCCUCCCCAUUCUUCCGCUUUCCAUCAUCUUGCCCCAUUCUCCCGCUUUCCAUCACCCCGCCCCAUUCUCCCGCUUUUUAUCACUCCGCCCCAUUUUCGCGCUUUCCAUCACCCCGCCCCAUUCUCCCGCUUUCCACCACCCCGCCCCGUUCUCCCAUUUUCCAUCACCCCGCCCCGUUCUCCCGCUUUCCAUCAGCUCGCCCCGUUCUCCCGCUUUCCAUCACCCCGCCCCGUUCUCUCGCUUUCCAUCACCCCGCCCCAUUCUCCCCCUUUCCAUCACCCCGCCCCAGUCUCCUGCUCUCAAUCACCCCGCCCCAUUCUCCCGUUUUCCAUCAACCCUCCCCAUUCUCCCUCUUUCCAUCACCCCGCCCCAUUCUCCCUCUUUCCAUCACCCCGCCCAAUUCUCCCGCUUUCCAUCACCCCGCUCCAUUUUCCCGCUUUCCCUCACCUCGCCCGAUUCUCCCUCUUUCCAUCACCCCUCCCCAUUCUCCCUCUUUCCAUCACCCCGCCCCAUUCACCCUCUUUCCAUCACCCCGCCCCAUUCUCCCUCUUUCCAUCACCCUGCCGCAUUCCCCCUCUUUCCAUCACCCUGCCCCAUUCUCCCUGUUUCCAUCACCCCGCCCCAUUCUCCCUGUUUCCAUCACCCCGCCCCAUUCUCCCGCUUUCCAUCACCCCGCCCCAUUCUCCCUCUUUCCAUCACCCCGCCCCAUUCUCCCGCUUUCCAUCACCCCACCCCGUUCUCCCGCUUUCCAUUACCCCGCCCGGUUCUCCCGCUUUCCAUCACCCCGCCCCAUUCUCCCGCUUUCCAUCACCCCGCCCCGUUCUCCCGCUUUCCAUCACCCCGCCCCGUUCUCCCACUUUCCAUCACCCCGCCCCAUUCUCCAUCUUUUCAUCACCCCGCCCCGUUCUCCCUCUUUCCAUCACCCCGCCCCAUUCUCCAGCUUUCCAUCACCCCGCCCCAUUCUACCGCUUUCCAUCACCCCGCUCCAUUCUCCCGCUUUCCAUCACCCCGCCCAAUUCUCCCUCUUUCCAUCACCCCUCUCCAUUCUCCCUCUUUCCAUCACCCCGCCCCAUUUUAACGCUUUCCAUCACCCCGCCCCAUUCUCCCUCUUUCCAUCACCCCACCCCAUUCUCCCGCUUUCUAUCACCCCGCUCCAUUCUCCCUGUUUCCAUCACCCCUCCCCAUUCUCCCUCUUUCCAUAACCCCGCCCCAUUCUCCCGCUUUCCAUCACCCCGCCCCAUUCUCCCGCUUUCCAUCACCCCACCCCAUUCUCCCGCUUUCCAUCACCCCGCCCCAUUCUCCCGCUUUCCAUCACCUCGCCACAUUCUCUCGCUUUCCAUCACCCCGCCCCAUUCUCCCGCUUUCAAUCACCCCGCCCCGUUCUCUCGCUUUCCAUCACCCCACCCCGUUCUCCCGCUUUUCAUCUUCCCGCUCCAUUCUCCCGCUUUCUAUCACCCCGCCCCAUUCUCCCUCUUUCCAUCACCGCGCCCUGUUCUCCGGAUUUCAAUCACCCCGCCCCAUUCUCCCGCUUUCCAUCACUCCGCCCCAUUCUCCAUCCUUCUAUCACCCCGCCCCAUAUUCCCUCUUUCCAUCACCCCGCCCCAUUCUCCCUCUUUCCAUCACCCCGCCCCAUUCUCCCGCUUUCCAUCACCCCGCCCCAUUUUCCCUCUUUCCAUCACCCCGCCCCAUUCUCCCGCUUUCCAUCACCCCGCCCCAUUCUCCCGCUUUCCAUCACCCCGCUCCAUUCUCCCGCUUUCCAUCACCCCUCAAUAUUCUCCCUCUUUCCAUCACCCCUCCCCAUUCUCCCACUUUCCAUCACCCGCCCCAUUCUCCCUCUAUCCAUCACCCCGCCCCAUUCUACUACUUUCCAUCACCCCGUCCCAUUCUCCCGCUUUCCAUCACCCCGCCAUUCUCCCGCUUUCCAUCACCCCGCCCAAUUUUCCCUCUUUCCAUCACCCCGCCCAAUUUUCCCUCUUUCCAUCACCCCGCCCCAUUCUCCCCCAAUCCAUCACCCCGCCCCAUUUUCACUCUUCCCAUCACCCCCCCCAUUCUCCCUCUUUCCAUCACCCGCCCCAUUUUCCCGCAUUUCAUCACCCCGCCCCAUUUUCCCUCGUUCCAUCACCCCGCUCCAUUCUCCCGCUUUCCAUCACCCCGCCCAAUUCUCCGUCUUUCCAUCACCCCUCCCCAUUCUCCCUCUUUCCAUCACCCCGACCCAUUUUCCCGCUUUCCAUCACCCCGCCCCAUUCUCCCUCUUUCAAUCACCCCGCCCCAUGCUCCCUCUUUCCAUCACCCCGCCCCAUUCUCCUGCUUUCCAUCACCGCGCUCCAUUCUCCCUCUUUCCAUCACCCCGCCCCAUUCUCCCGCUUUCCAUCACCCCGCCCCAUUCUCCCUCUUUCCAUCACCCCGCUCCAUUCUCCCACUUUCCAUCACCCCGCCCAAUUCUCCCUCUUUCCAUCACCCCUCCUCAUUCUUCCUCUUUCCAUCACCCCGUCCCAUUCUCCCGCUUUCCACCACCCCGCUUUCCAUCACCCCGCCCAAUUCUCCCGCUUUCCAUCACCACGCCCCAUUCUCCCACUUUCCAUCACCCCGCCCCAUUCUCUCGCUUUCGAUCAUCCCGCCCCAUUCUCCCGCCUUUCAUCACCCCGCCCCAUUCUCCCGCUUUCAAUCACCCUGCCCCAUUCUCCCUCUUUCCAUCACCCCGCCCCAUUCUCCCGCUUUCCAUCACCCCGCCCCAUUCUCCCUCUUUUUAUCAGCCCGCCCCAUUCUCCCGCUUUCAAUCACCCCGAACCAUUCUCCCGCUUUCCAUCACCCCACCCCAUUCUCCCGCUUUCCCUCACCCCGCCCCUUUCUCCCGCUUUCCAUCACCCUGCCCCAUUCUCCCGCUUUCCAUCACCCCACUCCAUUCUCCCGCUUUCCAUCACCCUGCCCAAUUCUCCCUCUUUCCAUCACCCCUCCCCAUUCUCCCUCUUUCCAUCACCAAGCCCCAUUCUCCCGCUUUCCAUCACCCCGCCCCAUUCUCCCUCUUUCCAUCACCCCGCCCCUUUCUUCCUCUUUCCAUCACCCCGCCCCAUUCUCCCUCUUUCCACCACCCCGCCCCAUUCUCCCUGUUUUCAUCACCCCGCCCCAUUCUCCCGUUUUCCAUCACCCCGCCUCAUUCUCCCGCUUUCCAUCACCCCGCCCCAUUCUCCCUCUUUCCAUCACCCCGCCCCAUUCUCCCGCUUUCCAUCACCCCGCCCUUUUCUCCCUCUUUCCAUCACCCCGCCCCAUUCUCCCUCUUUCCAUCACCCCGCCCCAUUCUCCCGCUUUCCAUCACCCCGCCGCACUCUCCAUCUUUCCAUCACUCCGCCCCAUUCUCUCGCCUUCCAUCACCCCGCCCCAUUCUCCAUCCUACCAUCACCCCGCCCCAUUCUCCCUCUUUCCAUCACCCCGCCCGAUUCUCCAGCCUUCCAUCACCCCGCCCCAUUCUCCCUCUUUCCAUCACCCCGCCCCAUUCUCCCUCUUUCCAUCACCCCGCCCCAUUCUCCCUCUUUCCAUCACCCCGCCCCAUUCUCCCUCUAUCCAUCACCCCGCCCCAUUCUCCCGCUUUCCUUCACCCCGUCCCAUUUUCCCGCUUUCCAUCACCCCGCCCCAUUCUCUUUCUUUCCAUCACCUCGCCCCAUUCUCCCGCUUUCCAUCACCCCGCCCCAUUCUCCCGCUUUCCAUCACCCCGCCCCAUUCUCCUGCUUUCCAUCACCCUGCCCAUUCUCCCGCUUUCCAUCAAACCCGCCCCAUUCUCCGUCUUUCCAUCACCCCGCCCCAUUCUCCCGCUUUCCAUCACCCCGCUCCAUUCUCCCGCUUUCCAUCACCUCGCCCAAUUCUCCCUACUUCCAUCACCCCUCCCCAUUCUCCCUAUUUCCAUCACCUCGACCUAUUCUCCCUCUUUCCAUCACCCCGCCCCAUUCUCCCUCUUUCCAUCACCUCGCCCCAUUCUCCCUCUUUCCGUCACCCCGCCACAUUAUCCCUCUUUCCAUCACCCUGCCCUAUUCUCCCUGUUUCCAUCACCCUGCCCCAUUCUCCCUAUUUCCAUCACCCCGCCCCAUUCUCCCGCUUUCCAUCACCCCGCCCCAUUCUCCCGCUUUCCAUCACCCCGCCCCAUUCUCCCACUUUCCAUCACCCCGUCCCGUUCUCCCGCUUCCCAUCAUCCCACCCCGUUCUCCCGCUUUCCAUCACCCUGCCCCAUUCUCCCGUUUUCCAUCACCCCGCCCCGUUCUCCCUCUUUCCAUCACCCCAGUCAUUCUCCUGUUUUCCAUCACCCCGCCCCAUUCUCCCGCUUUCCAUCACCCCGCCCCAUUCUCCCGCUUUCCAUCAUCCCGCCCCAUUCUCCCUCCUUCCAUCACCCCGCCCCAUUCUCCCGCUUUCCAUCACUCCGCCCCAUUCUCCCUCCUUCCAUCACCCCGCCCCAUUCUCCCUCCUUCCAUCACCCCGCCCCAUUCUCCCGCUUUCCAUCACCCCGCCCCAUUCUCCCGCUUCCCAUAA